CUCCUCCUCUUCUUCUUCCUCCUCCAAAUUUCCCAGAAUUUCACACCCUUUUUGAUUUUAUGAAAAACUAAUCCCUCUCAAAAUGGCGGUCGCGUCUAUGAGUUUCAACCUAGUCGGAGCAUUCAGAGGGAUGGCUCUGAGCUCAAGCUUCUCAACCUCCUCUUCUUCGUCCUCCUCUUUCUUCAGAGGUGACUUGGGUUCCCUACAGUUGGGUCCAAAGCUGUCAUUGUCUACAACCCAACGGAGAUUGCCGUUGACGAUUCAAAACGCUCACAAGAAAGGAGCUGGGAGUACCAAGAACGGUCGCGAUUCCAAAGGCCAAAGGCUCGGCGUUAAGAUUUACGGCGACCAGGUGGCCAAGCCCGGCGCUAUCAUCAUACGUCAGCGUGGCACCAAGUUCCAUGCGGGGAAGAAUGUAGGGCUCGGCAAGGACCAUACCAUCUUCUCCUUGAUAGAUGGCUUGGUUAAGUUUGAGAAGUUCGGACCAGACAGGAAGAAGGUGAGUGUUUACCCUCGGGAGAUACAGCCUGAAAACCCCAACAGCUACAGGGUUAGGAAGAGGGAGAACUUCAAGCUACAACGCGAGAAAAAGAAAGCAAGAAAGGAAGCCUAUAUCCUUCAGAACAAACCACAACUGGUUCUUGCAUCUGCAGAUAAUGGUGCAGAGAACAAUGCUCUUUGUUGAUUGUUGCACAUCUCCUAUAUGAAGUGCCAUCAAAUGCAGCAUGUUUCUUCUCCUUUUUGUAUAAUUUUGUAUUCAAACCACUGAGAAGUCUCAGAGUGUUGUAUCAAGUAUGCAGAUUUUAAUCCCUCUCUGAUGUACUUCUCACGUAUAUGGAAGACUAAAACUCAUUACUGCAAUGUUCUACAGCGGGCUUUACUUGGUUACAUAUUCAUGAGUACAAACUGUGAUGCUUUGACAUUCUUGGAAAUUUGAUUUCAUAUUACUGUCA